UCGGAGACUCCUUUUGUUGUUUCCAUUUACGUAGGGGCGGGGAGCCAAAGCUUUUCUCCGCACACAGACUGACCAAUCUCCGGUCAUACAUUUCCGGAGAUACUGUACGGAUGGGGAGCUUUCCAGUCGCCGGAGAAGAAGAGCAAGUAUUCGAUGUGGAAGAGACUAUAUUUGUUGCGGUGGGGAAAGACGCCAAGCAGAGCGAGAGAGCGCUUUCAUGGACGUUGAAUAACUUCUCGGGGAAGAAGAUUUGCGUUCUCCAUGUUCACCAGCCUUCGCGUCUGCUCGCAAUGACUGAAGGAAAUACUUCUGCCAAUAAACUGAAACAAUAUAUGGUUAGAGGAUAUCAAGAAUUUGAACGGCGAAAAGUACGAGGACUUCUAGAUAACUACCUACAUAUUCUUUCCCAAAAAGGGGUGCAAGCAUAUAAAGUAUGGACUGAAAUGGAAAAUAUUGUGGAAGGGAUUGUAGAAAUAAUUUCUCGGCAUGAUGUCAGAUGGCUCGUCAUGGGAGCUGCUGCAGAUGAAUAUUAUGAUGAGAGACUGGCAGAUCUCAAGUCCAAGAAAGCAAUUUUUGUAUGUGAACAAGCAGCAGUUUCCUGUCACAUUUGGUUUAUUUGCAAGGCGCAUCUCAUAUAUACCAGGGGAGGCAGCAGUGAAGAAAGAACUGAAAUAGAGGUUGUCCCGCCUUUGUUGCUGAUGAAUUCACGUUUUGAAACCAAGCAACCUGACCACUUGGAAUCACAUUCCAGUGGUCGGCCGAGCAAUCUAGAUAUAGAGGAAGAUGUCAAUAAAUUGGAAGAAAUAUCUAGGUCAUUUUGCGAUUGUUCAAUAGAUUCAAGUUGGUCUUCCAACAGAGUGGUUGGCACUUCAAAGUUGAUCCCAUUGCUGGCGGAUGAGGAGCAGAAAGCAGAAGAACAAGCAGUUAGCAAAAGCUGUCUUACUCUAGAACAAGUCAUUGCGGACAACAAAGAAUCAAAAUGGAAAGAUUUUGAAGACGCAGUAAAGCAAUGGAAAGAUGACGAAGAUAUUGUGGAGGCUAAAUGCAAGGCAAAAGCAUUUCAAAGCUUAUAUGUCAAGGAGAUAAGCCAAAAAAAAGAGAUAGAAGAAACACUGGGAAAAGUAAAGCAAGAACUGGAAAGAGUGAAAGAUGAACGUGAUGAGUUCAUUGGAGAAAUCCAGAUGGCUCAGGAAAAUAAUUUAGUGCUAGAGGGCCAAGUUGCAAAGUCGCAAGAGGAAAUUAAGGAAUUGGAAGAGAAAAUCAUCUCAGCUGUUAAACUCUUGAUAAGUUUUAAAGAAAAACGGGACAAAUUGCGGACAGAGCACGGGAAUGCAGUAAGAGAAGUUGAAUGGCUAAGAAGAUUGAUGAAGGGAGACGCUACAAGCUUUUCCAGAUCCGAAUUCCCGGUUUUCUCUUUCUUGGAGAUCAAUGAAGCAACUAACGAUUUUGAUCCGUCCUGGAAGAUUGCUGAAGGAAGGUAUGGAACUGUCUACAAAGGGAUUCUUCGCCAAAUGCACGUUGCUAUAAAGAUGUUGCCCUCUUAUGGCUUUAAGAGUCAGUCAGACUUUCAACGUGAGGUAGAGAUUAUCAGCAGGUUUAGGCAUCCAAAUGUGGCAACACUAAUUGGAAUGUGUCCAGAAUCUAGAUCACUUGUCUACGAGUAUCUGAAGAAGGGCAGCCUUGAAGAUUGCCUCAGCGGUAAAAACAAUACCAUUCCGUGGCAAAUUCGAACAUCCAUAGCUGCUGAGAUAUGUUCUGCCCUUAUCUUUCUUCACUCAAAUAAACCUUGCAUUGUCCAUGGAAACGUGAAACCUAGUAACAUUCUCCUUGAUGCGAAUUAUGUGAGCAAACUGGGUGACCUGGGAAUCAUUUCUCUGAUCGAGAAAAACGAUCUGGCCAACUCAACCACUAUAUCUAAUCACUCAGAUAGAACCUCCGUGUAUAUGGAUCCAGGGUAUCUUGAGACUGGAGAGCUUAGAGCAGAAUCAGAUGUUUACUCAUUUGGAGUAAUACUGUUACGGCUAUUAACUGCAAGACCACUUCAGGGGCUUGUAAAAGAUGUAAGAUGUGCAUUAGAAAAUAAUAACUUGAACGCAGUGUUGGACUUUCCAGCCGGCGAUUGGCCACUUGAGCAAGCCAAACGGUUGGCUCAGUUGGCUAUAAGGUGUUGCAACAAAAACUGGCUGGAUCGGCCUGACCUUGCGACGGACGUCUGGGGUGUUCUUGAGCCAAUGAGAGCUUCAUGUAUUGCCUCAACUUCAUUCCUAGUUUCCAAGAAGCUUCAACGGACACCCUCCCAUUUUGUCUGCCCCAUUCUUCAGGAAAUCAUGAAAGAUCCGCAGAUAGCAGCAGAUGGUUUCACGUAUGAAGCGGAAGCAAUAAGAGGAUGGUUGCAUAGUGGGCACAACACUUCCCCUAUGACAAACCUCAAACUUGAUCACUGCAAUCUGGUCCCAAACUACGCGCUUCAGAAUGCAAUUCAAGAAUGGCAACUACAACAAUAAAAUCAUAUUUUACAUCUAUAUAUUUUCGCAUAUAUGACCUUCAAAUGUGGUAAUACACCCGUGAGGCCUUUAUACGGAUUUGAUCACCGGAGUCUCUUCCCAACUGUAACUAAAAGCCAUAAUUCACAGAAAUAGUGAAUUUCUUCCAGUGAUAUUGUAGUAUACACAAGCGCUGGUUUUGUUUUGUUUUUUGUUAUUUAUUUAUUUUUCAAUUAAUUGAAGCUUUAAACAAAGGAAACCCAUAGCAAGACUUUUGUUUCCAACUUUUUUUAGAGUUGCUACUUAAGUAA